AAUCAUCGGUUCAUGAACUUACUAUGCCUAUUAUGACAGAAUUAAAAAUUAAUAAUACAGAGAAUUUAAUGAAUAAGCUUAAAAUCAAGCCAACAAACUUCACAGAAUGGAAACAAAGACAUUAUAUAACAAGUUAUUUUAAUAUGGACCGUAAAGUGAGGAUAUAUGUAACUCGUCCAGACUGGUAUUUGACUGAAGACUUUCCAAAACUUAAAUAUAAAUACGACGAAACCUUAAUCGAUUGUGACAUACCAUGUAUUUGGAAAAUAAAAAAUUUAGAAGACUUAAC